AUGAAUAAUUAUUAAGAAAAAAUUGGUUUAUUUAGCAUCAAUACUGUUAGUCCAAAAGAAUGGUAAUUAAAUGCUGAUUUGGAUGUAGAACUAUAGGCAAAACCAAUUGAAACAGAUAAUCUUGAUCUACUUUUAAGUCCGCUUACUAAAGUUUCAAAUUAAGCCAAAUUUUUUUUAGAUUAUGAGAAAAGAUCUCAUGUUAGUUAACUCUCUAUUUUAGGAAAUAACAUGAUGGCAUACUUUAAUCUUAAGAAAUUUUUGUAAAAAUUAAGCAGAAAUAGAGAGAAUUUUAAAAAGUUAACUUCAAAACAUUUAGAUGUUAUUAAUGAUUAAGCAUCAGAUUAGACAGUCCUUCUUAAUAGUAACAAGAAUAAACCAAAGUUAAAAAUCUUUGAUUUUCCUGUGUUACUAUCUUAAUUAUCAAAAAAGAACUCAUUAUUGACAACCUGGAAAAGAAGCAUCCUUGAAGAUUUGAAUAAAAUUCCUCUUAUUCAUCCUGAAUCUAAGUAAAAAUUAAUUUGGGAUUAUUUCAUGACUGCUCUACGUAUAGUUUUAAUGAUAUUGUUGCCUUUGGAAAUUGCCUUUUAACCAGGAAUUGUUUUUGAAAAAGCUCAAAUUUUUACUUCUGUUACUAUACUACUAACUAUAUUGGAUAUGAUAGUACGCUUAAAUACUGUUUAUUAUGAAGAUGGUAAGGCUAUCAAUGAUAGAUGGAAGAUAUUUGAAUUAAAAAUUCAAGAUUGUAUAAUUUUCGAUGUAAUUGCAAUAUUUUCUUUGACAGUUAAUUUUGGAGUAGUUCUUCGGAGUAUUUUACCAUCUUAUAGUUUACAAUUUAAAUAUGUUUAUGAAGUAAUUAAUAAAAGUUAAGAGUCUUCUUAUUUAAGUAAACCAAUAUAAGGAUUAAUGAAAUUAAUCUGGUUUAUAUUAACAUUAUUAACAAUUUUACAUAUAUUUAGUUGCAUUUGGUUUUUGAUUAGUCAAAACACAUAUGGUGAUAAUUGGGUAAAGAAUAAGGAAAUAGAUGAAAGUGAAUGGGCAACUUAAUAUAUAGAAGCCUUAUAUUUCUCAACAGUAACUAUGCUUACAAUUGGUUAUGGAGAUAGUGUGCCUUAAAAUUAAAUUGAGAAACUAGUUUCAAUAUUAUUUAUUUUAAUUGCUUGUUUAUGGUACUCUUAUGCUGUCAAUACGAUAGGAUAGAUUAUUAAUGAAUUAACUUAUAAUUCAGAAAAAAGAAGAUAGAGAAUUAGAGUAAUUAAUGGUUACAUGAAUAAAAGAAAGGUACCUUACUCUUUGCAAUUUAAAAUAAGGGAAUAUCUUAAUUAUAGAUGGAAAGAAGAAUAGGAAAGUGAUAUUACUUAAGAAGAUAAAUUAAUAAAUGAAUUAUCAAAUGAACUUAAAUAGGAAUUAGAAUUAUUAGGUCGUAAGAAUUUCAUUGAAAAAAGUUAACUUUUACAACAUUUUUCAAAUGAAUUUAAGAGAUCUGUAAGUUCUCAUAUCAAAAGAGUAAUUAUAUAACCUCAUAAUACUUUUUCGAUGAAGGAAGAUCCUUGUUUAUGCUAUUUGGAAUCUGGCUAAUUAUAAUUCUUAAUGACAGAAAUCAAAGAAGGAUAAUUCAUCUAAGAGUAUGAAUAUGCUACUGAUACUUAAACAUCAAUUCCUUAUAAAGCUAUUGGUUAUGUAUCAUUAUUAAUCAUAUAGAAAGACAUUUUUAAUAAGAUUUUAAAAGCUCAUUAAAUUGAUCAUGAAAAGUUUUCUCAAUUAAAAUUGAAAUUGAGCAGUGAAUAAUAUGGAUAUUUAUAUGAAUGUAAAUGGUGCAGCACACAUGGCCAUUCCACAAAUUAUUGUCCUUUAGUUUCUUAUAAAUAUGAUAGAGAAGGUAUUAUUAAGAAACAUUGUUUUCCUAAAUAAAACGAUAGAGUUUUUAUUAUUCGGAAUCGCGUUAGAAAUUAUUUCAAAUCUCUUUCUGAGAUGGAAUUAAUUUAAGAGUAUGUUGCAUAUUUUUAAAGCGAAAAACAAUAAAUAAUCUAAGAUUAACUAAAAAAACAACUUUCUGAUAGUUAAGUUAAUAUGCAAAUUCAAAGGAAAUAAUCUAUUUUUGAAGAUGAAUUUUAAGAAUUUGGAAUUAAACGAAAAUCAAUUCAUGAAAAUAAUGGUAGAUCACCCAUCCAAAAAUUAGGUAAUUCUAAUAUUGGAUAAUCUAAUUUCUAAUUUUUGGGAGUGAUUAAACCAAAAUAAUCUGAAUUGGAAAAAUCUUUUAUGUUAAAAACCAUAUAACCCAAUAUGAUUGAGGAAGAAUAGAUUUAGAAUAUUAAUGCUCUAUAUUUGAAAUCAAAAAAAGAUGGAUAUAUGAACUAAGACUUAGAAAUGCUAUAUCUAAAGUAUAAUUGUCUUCCAGUUAAAGAUUUUGAUCAUAUAAAAAGCUUUUAGCACUAUUUCCCAGAAUUUAAUGUUGAAUAAGUUAUAAAAAAGAAAAGAGAAGUUUAUAAAAGUUAUUUUAAAGAAUUAAUAAGGUACAUGCUUUAUCCUUUCUUGUAUGUCAUGAAAUUUAAUAAGAUAGCACACAAAAGAAAAUUAACUGGAAAUUUUUAGUAGGUUGGCAAUAUAAUGAAAUUCAAAAAAGCCCUCUUAAAUAAAAAAAGAAGAUAAACUUCAGUAUUUCCUAAUGGCUAACCAUUGAUUCAAAUUUGA